UCCUGUUGAUGAUCCAUGCAGGAUGUGUCCAGCAGAGUUUGGGUGCAGAGAGCGGAAGCAGCAGCAUGCUGACUGAGGAAGGGUGGAGGGGGGAGAUAAGCAGUUACAUAAAGAGCACACGCUGUCACACGCGUGUGCAGAGCUGCUUUCUCCUCCUUUUACUGACUCUACUCCGGAGCUUUAGCAGCCAGGAUGGGGCCGGAGCUGCUGCUGGUCGGGGCCGCCUUGGUCGGAUUGUAUUUGCUUCUUCACAUGACCCUCUUACAGAUGCCGAGGUGUGAAAGUGACGUGAAGUUAGACGGGAAGACUGUCAUCGUCACUGGAGCAAACACCGGCAUCGGUAAGACCACAGCAAUGGACCUGGCGAGGAGAGGGGCGAGGGUCAUCAUGGCCUGCAGGGACCAGGGACGAGCCGAGGCCGCCAUCAAGGACAUCAUCCAGGAGACGGGGAACCACCAGGUGAUCUUCAUGCAGCUGGAUCUGUCCAGUCUUCAGUCUGUUCGAUCAUUCGCUGAAAACUUCCUCCAAUCAGAGUCCAGACUGGACAUCCUCAUCAACAACGCCGGCGUGUUCACGGGCGGAAUGACAGAGGACGGCGUGGGGAUGAUCUUUGGCGUCAAUCACCUGGGCCACUUCCUGUUGACGGUGUUGCUCCUGGACCGCCUGAAGGCGAGCGGGCCGAGUCGCGUGGUGACGGUGUCCUCCGAAGGCCACAAAGGAGGGAAGGUGGAUUUCAAUUGUCUGAGGACCCACAGAGAUCUAAGUCUGGGCAACAACGACUUCCAGCUCUUCCAGAAAUACUGCCACAGCAAACUGUGCAACGUCCUGUUCACCAUCGAGCUCGCCAAGAGGCUGGAGGACUCCGAGGUCACCUGUUACAGCAUGCACCCAGGAGUCAUAAAGACGGAGCUGGGUCGGUACACAGGCUUCCUGUGGAAGCUGGUAGUGACUCCCCUGGUCCUUCCUCUCUGCGUGGACGCUGUUUCGGGAGCUCAGACGACGCUCCACUGCGCCCUUGCUCCGGGAAUCGAACACCUCAGCGGACACUACUUCUCCCGCUGCGCUCCACAGGUCAACCUUAAGGCGAGAGACGAGGCAGCAGCCAAGAAGCUGUGGGAGCUCAGUGAGAGUUUCUGCGGGCUGUCAUGAAAACUAAAAGUCAGAUUCUAUUGUUUUAAUGGUUAGUUUUUUUAUUUUUUCAUUUAAAAAAACCUGCAGGCUAACGUCUGCUCUGGCUCACAGGUGUUUGAAUUUUUGAUGGAUUAAUUUUCUCUACGACUUCUUUCUCCUGAUCAUUAACAUGAAAUAAAUUCUGUUCAAAUACACGUGGAGUAGAAAACAUACGAGUAUGGAAGUGAAAAACAGGAGUGAAGAGGAUCUAGAGUGCUGAGGUUCACCACAUGGAAGUAAAUUCCUGCCUUGAUACUCUGAAGGUCUGUUCUGUCAGUUGUUUAGACCAGUCUGGUCUCACAGAUGAAAGUCCUAGAGUCCCAGUUUUAGUGGAUUUAUUUAUUCAAGGGUUGCUGAAACCGAACAGAUACACUGACGAUGUUUAGGAGCUUAAACUUUGCUUACAGGUAUUCGUGUGUCUUUCCUUCUGGCAUCUUAUGAAAUAAAUCUCUGUUUUUAACACCAUGGGUUUUAAAUCUCUGAAUAUCUGAUUAAAUAUUUGCUAUUUAAAGACCUUAUGUACCAAUAUUCAUAAAAUGGUAAAAUCCUUUGUAACUAUUUUUAUGUGUUUUUGCAGACAUGGUUUAAAGAAAAAAAAUGACAGCUUUUGUAAGUCAGUAAUAAAGGAAUGUGAAAAUAA